AUGUCGAUGUUUGGAUUUACUGAUUGUAGAAGAAAAAGUGAGAAGAUUAAACAAGUGCAGCGUCAAAAUGUCAAUUGUGAGAUUCCAUGUGAGUUCAAAGGUCAAACAUUUGAUAUUUAUAAUGGGCCCACUUUGCGCGGAAACUGGACGUUUGUGAACGAUGGUGAGACAAGUUCGUAUACUUUACUCUCUGGAGCAGACUCAACCACAGAUGUUCUUACCUGUUUUGAACGUGUGGAACGAUUCAUCAUCUUCAGAGUGAACAGUGAGGAGAAGUUUGUAUGUUAUAUUUUUGACUACACUCCUGGUACGUCACCCAUUUCAUUCAGCUUUGGAACUGGAGCUUCAAUUACUUCGAGCCCGCCUGUUGUAUGUAAUCUUUGUAAUCCUAAUGGAGGAUUCGAUGCACUCCUAGCUCAAGAAUCUGGAUUUUCACCUAUGACCAUAGCAUCACUUCCAUGCGGUGCGGUGUCAUCGUGUCAAAGUUCUAAUCCAUGUAGCGCAAGUGACACUAUACCAGAAGGGGGGUGUCCGACAACAACCACAACAACAACAACUGAGACAACAACUGCGACAACAACUAAACCUACAAAACCCUGUCAUAGAAGGAGACAUCAUCACGUUUGAACGCGUUUGCAAUCUG